AGGAGGCGGUUAGCAGAAUAGAAGCUAACAAAACAUGCAUAUAAAGAGAAGGCGCAGGUUAUAGACGCUAAUGUCGCAAAGAUAGAUAAAACUAGCUAGUUUAAGCGGACAGGCUAGCUAGAGCACUUUGCUAACCGCAAUCUAAUGCAUCUUGCGCAUUAGACCCGGCUGCCUAAUUAAGGCGAGGAGAAGCUGCGGCGGGCAGCAAAGCUAACAGAGCUGCUAGUAGAGAGAAGCGUUAAGGGGCUGUCGACGCUUACGCGAGAGACGAGGCAGUAGCUAAGGAGCGCAAAGCGGCAGGAGAUCGAUUAGCAGCCUAUAGCUCGAUUGCAGAACCUAGAGAGUCAGGCUCGCUACGCUGGCUAUAUAGUCAAAUUCGUCUGCUACGCUUUGCGCUUCGUAGCUGACGCAGAGGCAAGGAUGGCGGCGCAGGAAGGCGGCAAUGAAUGCAGCGACGAAGAUGACGAGGGCGAAGAGGAUAGCUUGGAAGAAGAGGAAGAGGAAGAGAACGACGAUGACUUCUCUGAUGCUGACGGCAGCCGACCGGCGAACAUCUAUCUAGCAGAGCGUAAGCAGGCAAAGAAAGAUUAG